UUCCCGUACUAACUUCUCUCUCCGUCCCUCUCUUUCUUCUUUUGUUCUGGGGAGAACAAAAUCUGAGUCUGGACUGGACAAGUAUCCAAAGAAACAUCUAGGGGGAGAUGCUGCCUUUCCCGUGAGCAGCAGCUGCUUCUUCGGAGCCUGCAGGAGCCCCUGCUCGGAUCAGCCGUCUGUUGCCAUGAACGCUUCCUGCUGCCUGCUCUGGGCUCCUCCGGUGCUGCCCAAUGGCUCCCAGCGCCUCAUGGCCCCUUCCAGCAACCAGAGCCACAGGGGGUUCUGUGAGCAGGUCUUCAUCAAGCCUGAGGUCUUCCUGAGUCUGGGCAUCAUCAGCCUGCUGGAAAACAUCCUGGUCAUCCUGGCUGUGGUCAGGAACAGCAACCUGCACUCCCCCAUGUACUUCUUCCUCUGCAGCCUGGCUGUGGCCGACAUGCUGGUGAGCGUGUCCAAUGCCCUGGAGACCAUCAUGAUCGCCAUCAUCAACAGCAACUACCUGACCUUCGAGGACCAGUUUAUCCAACACAUGGACAACAUCUUCGACUCCAUGAUCUGCAUCUCCCUGGUGGCCUCCAUCUGCAACCUCUUGGCCAUUGCCGUCGACAGGUACGUCACCAUCUUCUAUGCGCUCCGCUACCACAGCAUCAUGACCGUGAGGAAGGCGCUCACUCUGAUCAUGAGCAUCUGGGUCUGCUGCGGCGUCUGCGGCGUGGUGUUCAUCGUCUACUCCGAGAGCAAGAUGGUCAUCGUGAGCCUCAUCACCAUGUUCUUCGCCAUGGUGCUUCUCAUGGGCACCCUCUACGUGCACAUGUUCCUCUUUGCCCGGCUGCAUGUCAAGCGCAUUGCGGCACUGCCACCUGCUGACGGGGUGGCCCCACAGCAGCACUCCUGCAUGAAGGGGGCCGUCACCAUCACCAUCCUGCUGGGGGUGUUCAUCUUCUGCUGGGCCCCCUUCUUCCUGCACCUGGUCCUCAUCAUCACCUGCCCCACCAACCCUUACUGCAUCUGCUACACGGCCCACUUCAACACCUACCUGGUCCUCAUCAUGUGCAACUCCAUCAUCGACCCCCUCAUUUACGCCUUCCGGAGCCUGGAGCUGCGCAACACCUUCAAGGAGAUUCUCUGUGGCUGCAAUAGCAUGAACUUGAGAUAGAUGGCCAGGGCUGUGGAAGUGGUCACCAGUACAGCCACUUUGGGACCUCCCUCCACCAACCAAGAUGCUUAGAAAGGAAAAAAAAGUCCUUGAAAG